AUGGAAUUGGAGCGCGCCAAGCUUAAACAUCAGGCGAAAUUUGAAAAAAAGAUGGCACGUGCUACUGAUCCCGUCGUUAAAGAAUAUUUGCAAAAAGUUGAAGAGAUCAACAAUGACAUGAGCAUUUCUGAUGGAGAAGCGCAAAAGAAGAUAAAAGAGCUCAAAUCCAAGCUGACUCCUAUGCAACGCAAACAGCUAAAGAGUUAG